UUUCUCUUACCCCCAGCCGCUUCAAAACAACAUCUCCCCAACGCUCUCCCACGCUUUCCACACAAAGCCUUCCCCAUAUUUCCCUUCCCCUCCGGCACCCCUGCAUCUCUACCCAGCUGUGGGAAUAAAAUUGUGCGAAAAUGGCCGCCCCCGAAGCGAAAACCGAGCCCCAACUCCAACUGGAUCCUAAAUAUGACGACUAUGAAUACCCGACGAUCGCGCCUGUUCCGCAGAACGGACACCCCGGCCAUACAACUCCGGAGCAGGAUGCGCAGGUGUUUCAGUUACGGAGUUUGUUGGAGGCCGAGGGGUUUACGGAUAAUUUGGAUACUUUGACUAUGUUGAGGUUCUUGAGAGCGAGGAAGUUCAAUGUGGAACUUUCGAAGCAGAUGUUCAUCGAUUGCGAGAAGUGGCGGAGAGAGUAUGCUGGUAUAGGGGUUGAUGAGUUAGUGCGGACGUUCGAUUACAAGGAGAAGCCGGAGGUGUUCAAGUACUAUCCCCAGUACUACCACAAGACCGACAAAGACGGGCGCCCGGUCUACAUCGAACAACUCGGCAACGUCGAUUUAACUGCCCUCGCCAAAAUCACCUCCCAAGACCGCAUGAUCCAAAACCUGGUCUGCGAAUACGAAAAGAUGGCCGACCCACGCCUGCCAGCUUGUUCCCGCAAAUCCGGCUACCUCCUCGAAACCUCGUGCACAAUCAUGGACCUCAAGGGUGUUGGCAUCGCCAAAGCCACUUCUGUGUACGGCUACCUACAGGCGGUAUCCGCCAUCUCGCAGAACUACUACCCCGAGCGCCUCGGAAAACUAUACGUCAUCAACGCGCCAUGGGGCUUUUCAACUGUCUUCAGCUUUGUUAAGAAAUUCCUCGAUCCUGUCACGGUUAAUAAGAUUCAUAUCUUGGGGAGUGGGUAUGAGAAGGAACUGUUGGCGCAGGUUCCAAGUGAGAAUUUGCCGAAGGGAUUUGGGGGUACCUGCGAGUGCGAGGGAGGCUGUAUGCUGAGUGAUGCGGGGCCGUGGCAAGAUAGCCAGUGGGUUAAGCCCCCGAAGUGGGCGACAAAGAAGGGGGGUGAGGCAAUCGAUAAUACGAAGGUGCCGGGUCCAAUGGGAGGCGAUGGGACUGCAGAUGCAGUCCCGAAUGGGAAAGUUAAGGAACCUGAGGAGGUGCCUAUUGGUGGUGCGCCCGCGCCCGCUCCUGCUCCUGCCCCCGCGCCUGCUUCUGCUGCGCAGUAGAUGAACGUGAUGAGUUCACGUUCGUGUCAAAACGGGAGGGGAGUAUUCGAGCAUGGUAUUGCUCUAUUUUUCUCUAUUCCGUUCAACAACUACACCUACACCUACCUAGCCUUCUCCAAAGCAGAGGAGAGUACAUGUCCCUCGAUUGGUCGGGUCCAUCGGGAUUCUCCCACUCCCUUCCCUCAUUUUCCCUAGUUGCGAAUAUUCAGAUCCAGACUCAUAAUAGACACACAAUUGGAUGGAAUUUG